AUGUUUCUGUAUAACCUGACCCUGCAGCGUGCCACUGGCAUCACCCACGCCAUCCAUGGAAACUUCUCAGGUACAUAACAUUCCUCUCUUGGACUCUCUCAUCCCUGAGUCUAUAUAACAUGGAUAAUGUUACCUAUGAUCUGGUUUGGGAAUCGUUAUUGUCUUGCCUUGCAGGAACCAAGAUGCAGGAGAUAGUUGUUUCCAGGGGGAAGAUCAUUGAGCUGCUGCGUCCAGAUGCCAACACAGGGAAGGUUCACACCCUGCUUACCAUGGAGGUGUUUGGCAUCAUUCGCUCGCUCAUGGCCUUCAGGCUGACAGGAGGAACUAAAGGUGUGUUAUGAGAUGUAUGUGUGUGUGUGUCAGCAUAUGUUUGUCUGCAUGUACACCUGAGAUUGCUUUUUGGUGCAUAUACAGCGCUUCUUGGGUAUGAUGUUAUCUUGGGUAUGAUGCUCCUCCACCAGAAAAUAUAUUAUCAAAGAUGAGCCUGCACUUAGCCUCUGCCCAGGCUUCGUCAUGAUUCGUCCAGUUUUGGCAAAUCAUUUUUCUGCUUUAGCCCAAUGGUCGUUUUAGCUUCUUUUUUUUGUCAUUAGGAGGCGAUACCAUCAUAUCACAAUGUUUUAUGGGUACAUAAUCACGAUAGGACAGAAGUUGACAUCGCCCAACCCUAGUGUGUAAUGUAGAUGCACGUUUUCUGUAUGUGUGUGGUUGAAAAACUCUUAUUUUAAAUCUGUUAUGAGACAUUUGUGCUUUUGAUCCCCAGACUACAUUGUGGUGGGCAGUGACUCAGGCCGCAUCGUGAUCCUUGAGUACCACCCCUCCAAGAACAUGUUCGAGAAGAUCCACCAGGAGACCUUUGGCAAGAGUGGGUGUCGUCGAAUCGUCCCUGGACAGUUCCUCGCCGUUGACCCCAAGGGCAGAGCAGUCAUGAUAGGUAAAGAAGCGCAGGGAACAGAGAACUGAGAGAUAUAAUGUUGUGGAGAGAGUUGGUAAUGGUUUGAAAAUUCAAAGAAGUUUAAAGUUGAAAAAUCCUUGAUUUGGUAAGAUAAUCCCCUAUUGCAAUGUCUGUGUAGUUUACUGAUUACCUCUGUGUUUCCAGGUGCCAUUGAGAAGCAGAAGCUGGUAUACAUCCUGAACAGAGAUGCAGCAGCGCGUCUCACCAUCUCCUCUCCUCUGGAGGCACACAAGGCUAACACACUGGUCUACCAUGUGGUAGGAGUGGAUGUGGGCUUUGAAAACCCCAUGUUCGCCUGUCUGGAGAUGGACUAUGAGGUGAGAGCCCAACACUGACCCCUAUGAUUUGUGAAUUUGCUCAUGCACUCUUGUUAUGUACAACAGAACUGGACCUCUUUAAUCUAAUCUAGGCUUACACACAGGCUCUGAUGUGCUGCUGCUUUAUUCUCUCUAUACACACCAAGUGUUGUUGAAAUGAUGAGUCUUCAUGUCUCUUCUCUGACGAAACACUGGAGAGAGCUUAAAAACCUCUGAUUUCAACACAAUCCCACUGUUGUAGCUGCUCUGCUACUAAAGAUAUCCUGUAAAUCCUCAUCCUGUGACCUCUCCCUCCUUCCAGGAAGCUGACAAUGACCCCACUGGCGAGGCUGCAGCCAACACCCAGCAGACCCUGACCUUCUAUGAGCUGGACCUGGGUUUGAACCAUGUGGUGCGCAAGUACAGCGAGGCCCUGGAAGAGCACGGCAACUUCCUCAUCACAGGUAGCAACACUGAACAAUAAUAUAAACGCAAUAUGCAGCAAUUUCAGAGAUUUUACUGAGUUACAGUUCAUAUAAGAAAAUCAAUAAAUUGAAAUACAUAUAUUAAUCAAUCAAAUGUAUUUAUAAAGCCCUUUUUACAACAGCAGAUGUCACAAAGUGCUAUACAGAAGCCCAAAUCCCCAAACAGCAAGCAAUGGAGAUGUAGAAGCACGGUGGAUAGGAAAAACUCCCUAGAAAGGCAGGAACCUAGGAAGAAACCUAGAGAGGACCAGGCUCUGAGUGGUGGCCAGUCCUCUUCUGGCUGUGCCGGGUGGAGAUUAGAAAAAUACAUGGCCAUUUAAGGACAGAUUGUUCUUCAAGAAGAUCAAACGGUCAUAGAUGACCAGCAGGGUCAAAUAAUAAUCACAGUGGUUGUAGAGGUUGCACCUCAGGAGUAAAUGAGGUCGAGCAUUCAGAGGUCGAGACAGCAGGUGCGGUAGAGAGAGAGUCGAAAACAGCAGGUUCGGGACAAGGUAGCAUGUCCGGUGAACAGGUCAGGGUUCCCUAGCCGCAGGCAGAACAGUUGAAACUGGAGCAGCAGCACAACCAGGUGGACUGGGGACAGCCAGGAGUCAUCAGGCCAGGUAGUCCUGAUAACAGGGCUCAGGUCCUCCGGGAGGGAGGGAGAGAGAGAGAAUUAGAGGGAGCAUACUUAAAUUCACACAGGUCACCAGAGCAGACAGGAGAAUUACACCAGGUAUAACAGACUGACCCUAGCCCCCCGGCACAUAGACUAUUGCAGCAUAGAUACUGGAGGCUGAGAUAGGAGGGGUCGGGGGACACUGUGGCCACGUCCGACGAUACCCCCGGUCAGGGCCAACCAGGCAGGAUAUAACCCCACCCACUUUGCCAAAGCACAGCCCCCCCACCACUAGAAGGAUAUCAACAGACCACCAAUUUAGGCCCUAAUCUAUGGAUUUGACAUGACUGGGAAUACAGAUAUGCUUCUGUUGGUCACAGAUACCUUAAAAAAGGUAGGGGUGUGGAUCAGAAAACCAGUCAAUAUCUGGUGUGACCACCAUUUGCUCAUGCAGCGUGACACAUCUCCUUCGCAUAGAGUUGAUCAGGCUGUUGAUUGUGGCCUGUGGAAUGUUGUCCCACUCCUCUUCAAUGGCUGUGUGAAGUUGCUGGAUAUUGGCGUAACUGUAACACGCUGUCGUACACGUCAAUCCAGAGCAUCCCAAACAUGCUCAAUGGGUGACAUGUCUGGUGAGUUUGCAGGCCAUGGAAAAACUGGGACAUUUUCAGCAUCCAGAAAACAUGGAGCCAUGCAUUAUCAUGCUGAAACAUGAGUUGAUGGCGGCGGAUGAAUGGCACGACAAUGGGCCUGAGGAUCUUGUCACGGUAUCUCUGUGCAUUGAAAUUGCCAUCGAUAAAAUGCAAUUGUGUUUGUUGUCUGUAGCUUAUGCCUGUCCAUACCAUAACGCCACCGCCACCAUGGGGCACUCUGUUCACAACUUUGACAUCAGCAGACUGCUCGCCCACACGACGACAUACACGCGUGUGCCAUCUGCCCGGUACAGUUGAAACCGGGAUUCAUUUGUGAAGAGCACACUUCUUCAGCAUGCCAGUGGCCAUCAAAGGUGAGCAUUUGCCCACUGAAGUGGGUUACGACUCCGAACUGCAGUCAGGUCAAGACCCUGGUGAGGACGAGGAGCACGCAGAUGAGGUUCCCUGAGAUGGUUUCUGACAGUUUGUGCAGAAAUUCUUCGGUUGUGCAAACCCACAGUUUCGUCUGGGUGGCUGGUCUCAGACAAUCCCGCAGGUGAAGAAGCCAAAUGUGGUGGUCCUGGGCUGGCGUGGUUACACGUGGUCUGCGGUUGUGAGGACGUACUGCCAAAUUCUGUAAAACGACGUUGGAGGCGACUUAUGGUGGCGAAAUUAACAUUAACAUCUCUGGUGGACAUUCAUGCAUGCUAAUUGCACGCAUCCUCAAAACUUGAAACAUCUGUGGCAUUGUGUUGUGUGACAUUUUAGAGUGGCCUUUUACUUUCCCCAGUGUAAGGUGCACCUGUGUAAUGAUCAUGCUGUUUAAUCAGCUUCUUGGUAUGCCACACCUGUCAGGUGGAUGGAUUAUCUUGGUAAAGGACAAAUGCUAGCUAACAGGGAUGUAAACAAAUUUGUGCACAAUUUCUGGGAUCUUUUAUUUCAGCUCAUGAAACAUGGGACCAACACUUAACAUGUUGCAUUUAUAUUUUUGUUCAGUGUACAUUAUUUCCAGUAGAGGGUGGCCAGAGACAGGUUAUAAGUUGUUUGCAGCCUUCCCGCUUGUGUUCUACUGAUGAGGUCUACCCUUGCACAUACAGUGCCUUCGGAAAGUAUUCAGACCCCUUUACUUUUUCCACAUUUUGUUACGUUACAGCCUUAUUCUAAAAUUAAAUUGUUUUUUCCCCUCAUCAAUCUACACACAAUACCCCAUAAUGACAAAGGAAAAACAGUAAAAAAUAAAUAAAAAACAUCACAUUUACAUAAGUAUUCAGACUGUUUACUCAGUACUUUGUUGAAGCACCUUUGGCAGCAAUUACAGCCUCGAGUCUUCUUGGAUAUGACGCUACAAGCUUGGCACACCUGUAUUUGGGAAGUUUCUCCCAUUUCUUCUUUGCAGAUCCUCUCAAGCUCUGUCAGGUUGGAUGGGGAGCGUCGCUGCACAGCUAUUUUCAGGUCUCUCCAGAGAUGUUAGAUCAGGUUCAAGUCCGGGCUCUGGCUGGGCCACUCAAGGACAUUCAGAGACUUGUCCCGAAGCCACUCCUGUGUUGGCUUGGCUGUGUGCUUAGGGUCAUUGACCUUUUGGAAGGUGAACCUUCGCCCCAGUCUGAGGUCCUGAGUGCUCUGGGGCAGGUUUUCAUCAAGGAUCUCGCUGUACUUUGCUCCAUUCAUCUUUUCCUCGAUCCUGACUAGUCUCCCAGUCCCUGCCGCUGAAAAACACCCCCACAGCAUGAUGCUGCCACAAAUGCUUCACCUUAGGGAUGGUGCCAGGUUUCCUCCAGACGUGACGCUUGGCAUUCAGGCCAAAGAGUUCAAUCUUGGUUUCAUCAGACCAGAGAAUCUUGUUUCUCAUGGUCUGAGAGUCUUUAGGUGCCUUUUGGCAAGCUCCAAGCGGGCUGUCAUGUGCCUUUUACUGAGGAGUGGCUUCUGUCUGGCCACUCUACCAUAAAGGCCUGAUUGGUGGAGUGCUGCAGGGAUGGUUGGCCUUCUGGAAGGUACUCCCAUCUCCACAGAAUAACUCUAGAGCUCUGUCAGAGUGACCAUCGGGUUAUUGGUUACCUCCCUGACCAAGGUCCUUCUCCCCUGAUUGCUCAGUUUGGCCCGGGCGGCCAGCUCUAGGAAGAGUCUUGGUGGUUCCAAACUUCUUCCACUGAAGAAUGAUGGAGGCCACUGUUCUUGGGGUCCUUCAAUGCUGUAGAGAUUUUUUGGUACCCUUCCCCAGAUCUGUGCCUCGACACAAUCCUGUCUCGGAGCUCUACGGACAAUUCCUUCGACCUCAUGCCUUGGUUUUUGCUCUGACAUGCACUGUCAACUGUGGGACCUUUAUAUAGACAGAUGUGUGCCUUUCCAAAUCAUGUCCAAUCAAUUGAAUUUACCACAGGUGGUUCCAAUCAAGUUGUAGAAACAUCUCAAGGAUGAUCAAUGGAAACAGGAUGUACCUGAGCUCAAUUUCGAGUCUCAAAGCAAAGGGUCUGAAUUCCAAAAUUUCUAAAAAACAGGUUUUGGUUUGUCAUUAUGGGGUAUUGUGUGUAGAUUGCUGAAGAUGUGUAUUUAUUUAAUCCAUUUUAGAAUAAGGCUUUAACGUAACAAUGUGGAAACAGUCAAGGGGUCUGAAUACUUUCCGAAGGCACUAGCUCUUCUCUUCCUGCUGCUGGGGUGAAGAUAGGUCCUCAUAUUGCCACUAUAGAGAUAAAACAGCACUGCAGAAAAUGUUUUUAUUGACAUGAUGAGAUUAUCAUGUCUCUUUUCUGACCCACUGGAGACGGAGCUUAAACACUUCUGAUCUCAACACAAGCAAUCCCACUGUCGUAACUGUUCUGCUAGUGGUCUCUAAGGCUGGAUGUAUUUAUUUUACGCUACAGUGCAAACCUAUUGUGUGGUCAUUACCCUUUCCCCCUGUCUUCUCUAGUUCCUGGAGGCUCUGAUGGGCCUAGUGGAGUUCUCAUCUGUUCAGAGAACUACAUCACCUACAAAAACUUUGGGGACCAGCCUGACAUCCGCUGUCCCAUCCCACGCAGGAGGGUGAGUUUCUGUUACGUUUUGUAAAUGCAAAAAUGGAUUUUGAAAUAACUUGGCUAACCAGACAUGGUCAUACAUGUUAACAAUGUGAAUGUUUGUAUGGAUCACAGUUGAUUUGAUACUAUCCGCACUGUGCCCUCAAUCCUUUUUAUUUUGCCUGAGCACAGAAUGACCUGGAUGACCCUGAGCGAGGCAUGAUCUUCGUCUGCUCAGCCACCCACAAGACCAAGUCCAUGUUCUUCUUCCUGGCCCAGACGGAGCAGGGGGACAUCUUCAAGGUCACCCUGGAGACAGAUGAGGAGAUGGUGAGGCCAGCAGGGUGCAGUCUGAGACGGGAACUGGGGGAAGGUUGCAGCGGUGGUCAUCUGAUGUGGGGGAGAUAGAAAUAGAACCGUGCUGUUGAAGUGAUGAGUCUUCAUGUCUCUUCUCUGACAAAAACAUGGAGAGAGCAUUAACACCUCUGAUCUCAGCAUGCACACACACACACACUAACUCAGGUCAGUGUUCACAAGAUGGGAUAUUCUGCGAUUCCUUCUCAUUCAAAUAAACGUUUGCGUCCCCCAGGUUACAGAGAUCAGGAUGAAGUACUUUGACACCAUACCUGUAGCCACAGCCAUGUGCGUGUUGAAGACCGGUUUCUUAUUUGUGUCCUCAGAGUUUGGCAACCAGUAAGUAAUUCAUUACACUGUAAUCCCUCUCAAUACCACACACAUCCCAUCUUUGUCCAUGUCUCUUGCUCUCCUGUGUUUAUUGUCUUCUCUCUUCUCUCGCUCUGCUAGUUACCUGUACCAGAUAGCCCAUCUGGGAGAUGACGAUGAGGAGCCAGAGUUCUCCUCUGCCAUGCCCCUGGAGGAGGGAGAUACCUUCUUCUUCCAGCCACGCCCCCUCAAGAACCUGGUGCUGGUGGACGAGCAGGAGAACCUCUCCCCCAUUAUGUCCUGCCAGGUGUGUUUGUGUGUGUGUGAAUCUCUGUGUUGUGUGAUUGGUGUGCGUGCAACGGUUUUAGCUUUUGAUUAUCAUGGAUUAUGUAAUGGAUUAACUUUGUGGAGUGACAUACCUUUUCCUCUGUUCUACCGAACUGUAACAGCUUUAGCUGGGGUAGAGAUGUUUUUCCACUAUUUUUGGCACGAUGAACCUGAUUUUGACUUGCUUGAAUGCGAGUUAGUUGGAGUACAAAGAUUCUUGUAUUUUUUUUAAUCACAUUUUUAUUAGAAGGAUUUGCAUUAACCUUCCACCCCCCACACACACACAAAGAUGCUUCUGAAGUGUUGUGGCAAGGUUUGAGGAGAAGGAUGUUGUGCUGUUGAAGUGAUGAGUUUCUCAUGUCUCUUCUCUGACUAAAUAUCAAUGGAGAGAGUUUAAACACCUCUGAUCUUGGCAUUAUAACCUGACACAGACACCACAUGUGAGACUGCCUUGUUUAUUUCUGGCACUGUAUUACUUCUUAUAUUCUGUCCUCUAUUAGAAUACAUACUGAUCUCUUACUCACCGCUGGCCCGUUCUUUCACUCACCUCAUCUAUUUCUCUCUCCCUGUGUAGAUUGCUGACCUGGCUAAUGAGGACACUCCCCAGCUGUAUGUGGCCUGUGGCAGGGGACCCAAAUCCACCCUCAGAGUGCUCAGACAUGGACUGGAGGUAUGUGUACUGCUAUUCCUACUCCCAUCGCACAUUCACAUCCCACAAAGUGCUCACACACACACACACACACAUUCUCUCGGUGUGGCACAUGCCACAGUAGUAUUUGAACAACGGCAACAUUUUAACAAAGUCAUGCAGAUACUCACUCACAUGCAUACCAGAAACCCGAGUUGGGACAGAGUUUGGGUUUUAAGUUUCUGGUGCUGUUGCUUCUCACACACCAGCUCAUAUUUAAAGUGUUUAAGAAGCUGUAUGAAAUGAUGAUAUUCAUGUCUCUUCUCUGACAAAGCACUGGAGAGAAUGUGGAUACCUCUGAUCUCAGCAGAUCUUAACAUGUUAAUGCACAGGUAACAGACUGGUAAAUGCUUAGGUUAGAUUAAAAUGAGUCUGAUCAGUGAUUGUUCCCUCCAGGUAUCAGAGAUGGCUGUGUCUGAGCUGCCCGGUAACCCAAAUGCUGUGUGGACUGUGCGCAGACACAUUGAAGGUACUUGUUAAUUUAUUUAAUGAAUACAUCAAUGUUUUUCUGUAGUUGCAAGUUAUUCUGCCUUCUACCUCAUUACAAUCUACUUCUGCAGUGUUUGGUUGCAGUUAUUGUGUAUGACAUGGUUGUAAAGUGGCAUUGUUUUAAUCUUAAUACUGUUUUUAUCAAAAGUGUGAUGUUGCAGUCUGGCAUCAGAGUGCAUGAUAUUUUGCAUUCUGGGACAAAGUCACUCUGCCAGACUAUUCCCAGAAGUCAUGUGAUUUCAGAGAUUUUUCCCGUCAUGGUGUAGUGCAGUGGCUUAGUUCCUCUGCAGCUGCCUGGUAGAGACAGUGCUGUGCAGGCUUGACUUCACUUUCACUCUGACAUUCAUCCAUUACACAGAACACUUGGCUCAUCCAACUGGUUAGCCUGCACAAGUCAGACAUUGUAGCUUCUACACACUGGGUUACAGAUGUAGAUUUAAAGAUUGUAAUGCCAUACUCUGGGUUAGUGAAAAACCAAAAUAAGGGUAUAAGAAUGGUAGUAAUUGCUUCAUGUAUCAGAUUAGGACAGAUUCCUCUGAAGUUUCAGGGCAGGGUUUGUUGUGCUGUUGAAGUGAUGAGUUUCUCAUGUCUCUUCUCUGACAGAAAUAUCAAUGGAGAGAGUUUAAACACCUCUGAUCUCAGCAUUAUACAUACUUUGUGAAUAAAUAAAUGUAGUUUAUGAUAUUGAUUAAUUGCUUCAUGUAUCAGAUUAAUACUAAACCAUGGUUUAUUGAAUAAAACUAACGGUCCAGAAAUCCCCUUGGUGUGAAACUCCUACUCAUUUAAACACCUCUCCACCUCCAGAUGAGUUUGACGCCUACAUCAUCGUGUCCUUCGUCAACGCCACCCUGGUUCUGUCUAUUGGUGAGACCGUAGAGGAAGUUACAGACUCUGGCUUCCUUGGGACCACCCCCACCCUCUCCUGCUCUCUGCUGGGGGAGGAUGCUCUGGUGCAGGUCAGUCUAAAACCCACACUACACACGCCUCUCACAGGGGCCUAAAUAUGCACCUAUGCACCUUAUGUUCUGGAGGGAAUACAAUGCUGAUGGUAAAAGGGAAAUUAAGUGUAUGACAGAUAAAAUACUGCUGUUGAAGUGAUGAGUCUUCAUGUCUCUUCUCUGACAUAACGAUGGAGAGAGCUUAAACAACUCUGAUCUCCGCACUAUUCACACACAUUAGACACCCAGGCCAGGCCCCUUCCCCAGCCCUGUAUAAACUGAAUAACCCUGUUGUACAGGUGUAUCCUGAUGGGAUCCGUCACAUCCGUGCUGAUAAGCGUGUGAAUGAGUGGAAGACUCCGGGGAAGAAGACCAUUGUGCGCUGUGCAGUCAACCAGAGGCAGGUGGUCAUCGCUCUGACCGGAGGAGAGCUGGUCUACUUUGAGAUGGACCCUGUGAGUAUACUUUCAUCCCCUGGGUGUCUAUUUUCUCAGCCAAGUUCGGUCUUGUUUCAGUUUGACCCAGUUUUAUCUGCUUUUUGCGGAUAUCCAGAGGUCUCUCCUGCUCAGUUUCAAGUUUAUAUAUCUUCUGACAGUAGAUGUUUUAUGAUAACCUUCCCCUCUCUCUAUCUCCAUGUCUCUCCCCCCAGUCUGGCCAGCUGAAUGAGUACACGGAGAGGAAGGAGAUGUCAGCUGACGUGGUGUGUAUGAGCUUGGCCAAUGUCCCCCCUGGCGAGCAGCGCUCCCGUUUCCUGGCGGUGGGGCUGGUGGACAACACCGUCCGCAUCAUUUCCCUGGACCCCUCGGUACGACACUCACUGUGCAAUCUGUUUGUCCAUCUGUUUAGAAUGGACCUGAUUCAUACUGGCUGCUCUGCGAGUCUGUAACAAGCACCAGAUGUUCUUGGACUGUUCAAAUCCAAAUAACACCAUGCCAUUGUGGAUAUUUGCCGUCUCUUUAGCAUGCGUUUGUCUCUCGAAGCUGUGUAUGUGCCACUAACCCCUCUGUGUUUUUGUGGUGUAGGACUGUCUCCAGCCCCUCAGUAUGCAGGCCCUGCCAGCCCAGCCUGAGUCUUUGUGUAUAGUGGAGAUGGGAGGAGUGGAGAAGGAAGAUGAGCUAGGAGUGAAGGGCACUGUCGGCUUCCUCUACCUCAACAUUGGACUGCAGGUAAAAUACACUACAUCUCAUUCCAAAAUCAUGGGCAUUAAUAUGGAGUUGGUCCCCCCUUUGCUGCUAUAACAGCCUCCACUCUUCUGGGAAGGCUUUCCACUAGAUGUUGGAACAUUGCUGCGGGGACUUGCUUCCAUUCAGCCACAAGAGCAUUAGUGAGGUCGGGCACUGAUGUUAGGCUAUUAGGCCUGGCUCGCAGUCUGCGCUCCAAUUCAUCCCAAAGGUGUUCGAUGGGGUUGAGGUCAGGGCUCUGUGUAGGCCAGUCAAAUUCUUCCUCACCGAUCUCAACAAACCAUUUCUGUGUGGACCUCGCUUUGUGCACGGGUGCAUUGUCAUGUUGAAACAGGAAAGGGCCUUCCCCAAACUGUUGCCACAAAGUUGCAAGCACAGAAUCGUCUAGAAUGCCAUUGUAUGCUGUAGCGUUAAGAUUUACCUUCACUGGAACUAAGGGGCCUAGCCCAAACCAUGAAAAACAGCACCAGACCAUUAUUCCUCCUCCACCAAACUUUACAGUUGGCACUAUGCAUUCGGCAGGUAGUGUUCUCCUGGCAUUCGCCAAAACCCAGAUUUGUCCGUCGGACUGCCACUCCAGAUUAUGCGUUUCCACUGCUCCAGAGUCCAAUGGUGGCAAGCUUUACACCACUCCAGCCGACACUGCUGCUCGGCCACUGAAAUCCAUUUCAUGUAGUUCCUGAUAAAUAGUUAUUGUGCUGACGUUGCUUCCAGAGGCAGUAUGGAACUCGGUAGGGAGUGUUGCAACCGAGGACAGACGACUCUUACGCGCUUCUGCACUCGGCGGUCCUGUUCACUGACCUUGUGUGGCCUACCACUUUGCGGCUAAGCCGUUGUUUCUCCUAGAUGUUUCCACUUCACAAUAACAUCACUUACAUUUGACCGGGGCAGCUCUAGCAGGGCAGAAAUUUGAGACUGACUUGUUGGAAAGGUGGCAUCCUAUGAAGGUGCCACGUUGAAAGUCACUGAGCUUUUUAGUAAGGCCAUUCUAAUGCCAAUGUUUGUCUAUGGAGAUUGCAUGGCCGUGUGCUCGAUUCUAUACACCUGUCAGCAACGGGUGUGGCUGAAAUAGCCGAAUCCACUAAUUUGAAGGGGUGUCCACAUACUUUUGUAUAUAUAGUGCAUGUGUCCUCUGAUGUGUUGAGGAAGGGUUUGAGUAGAGGGAUAUUGUGGUGCUGAGUUUCAUGUCUCUUCUCUGACAAAUAAUAGAGUUUAAAACACCUCUGAUCUCAGCAUACAGUAUAUACACACACAUACACUAUCUGUGUUACUGCCUGUUUACUUCUGGCACUGUAUUACAUGAUAUUUUGUGCUCUGUUGGAAGACAUGCUAGAGCUUUAUUUGUGACAUUAACAGGUCUGUCUUUCCUCAGAAUGGUGUGUUGCUCAGGACCGUGCUGGACCCAGUGACUGGAGACCUGUCUGAUACUCGUACUCGGUACUUGGGGUCGCGACCUGUGAAGCUCUUCCGUGUCAGGAUGCAGGGACAGGAAGCUGUAAGUGAAAUCCGAUUAGUUGGUUUUAUGGAACUGAAACAUAACAUUGAGGCUGUGUGUAUGACUAUUCUCUUUGAUCUCUGAACUCUCCAUCUCCUUCAGGUGUUGGCCAUGUCUAGUCGCUCCUGGCUGAGUUACUCCUACCAGUCCCGAUUCCAUCUGACGCCCCUGUCCUAUGAGACGCUGGAGUAUGCCUCUGGCUUCGCCUCUGAACAGUGUCCAGAGGGCAUUGUGGCAAUCUCCACCAACACUCUGAGGUACACACAGAACAUGAAAGUAAACACAUCUACUCUGAGUGUGCAAAACAUUAAGGACACCUGCUCUUUCCAUGACAUAGACUGACCAGGUGAAUCCAGGUGAAAGCUAUGAUCCCUUAUUGAUGUCACUUGUUAAAUCCACAUUAAUCAGUGUAGGAGGAGACAGGUUAAAGAAUGAUUUUUAAGCCUUGAGACAAUUGAGACAUGGAUUGUGUAUGUGUGCCAUUCAGAUGUGAAUCGGCAAGACAAAAUAUUGAAGUGCCUUUGAACGGGGUAUGGUAGUAGGUGCUUGGUGCACUGGUUUGUGUCAAGAACUGCAACGCUGCUGGGUUUUUCACGCUCAACAGUUUCCUGUGUGUAUCAAAAAUGGUUCACCUCCCAAAGGACAUCCAGCCAACUUGACACAACUGUGGGAAGCAUUGGCAUCAACAUGGGCCAGCAUCCCUGUGGAACGCUUUUGACACCUUGUCGUCUAUGCCCUGACGAAUUGAGGCUCUUCUGAGGGCAAAAUUAGGGCAACUCAAUAUUAGGAAGGUAUCCUUAAUGUUUUGUACACUCAGUAUAUAUUGAGGAAAUGUCUUCAUUGACAAGGUUUGAAGGUAGAGGAGUUAUGCUGUUGAAGUGAUGAGUCUUCAUGUCUCUUCUCUGACAAACCAAUGGAGAGAGUGUAAACACCUCUGAUCUCAGCAUAUAGGCAGAGAUCACAUCUCAUUUUUCUCUCAUUUCCCUCAACCAUCCUCAUUCUCAAUUAUAACGCUGAUAUUUAACUUAUGAGGGGCAUGUCCCAUUUACUUUUUGAAAUGUUAUUUCUGUUCCCAUUAUGGCCGAGUUGUGGCAUGGCACACCUGUUACGUGGUACACAUGACACUCUGACACUGCCUUUGUCUCCCUCUUAGGAUUCUGGCCUUGGAGAAGCUGGGUGCCGUGUUUAACCAGGUGGCCUUCCCCCUGCAGUAUACACCUCGCAAGUUUGUCAUUCACCCAGAGACAAACAACCUGAUACUCAUAGAGACUGAUCACAAUGCCUACACAGAGGCCACCAAGGCCCAGCGCAAGCAGCAGAUGGCAGAGGUAUGGUUCUGUCCUGACCAACGGGGCAAUGGACUAAGAGGGAGAGAGGGCUGAGGCUAUAUGUUGUAUACCCAGGCUGUGUAAAUUGUGUGGCCUGAUAUUAUGAAAGUGUAGCUAUAGGCAAAACUUCAAUAGAAAUAAUUUACAAUUGUUUUUUUAUAGCACUUUCCUAAACCCGAAGAAGCUUAUUUCAAGGCAGGGUUUGAGGAGAGGGGUGUUAUGCUGUUGACGUGAUGAGUUUCUCAUGUCUCUUCUCUGACAGAAUAAUAAUGGAGAGAGCUUAAAACACCUCUGAUCCCAGCAUAUAUACAGAGAUUACACAAACAAUGUAGACAUUGACAUAUGGAAUUAGACUGAUACUUUGAAAUACUUUGCUUACACUUAUGUAGAUCUCUCUCACCCCCUCCUCCCUACUUUUCUUUGUCUCUGUUUGUAACUGACACCACUUCUGUGUUGUUCCCUUCUGUAGGAGAUGGUUGAGGCAGCUGGUGAGGAUGAGAGGGAGCUGGCAGCAGAGAUGGCUGCUGCCUUCCUCAAUGAGAACCUGCCAGAGGCCAUCUUUGGGGCGCCCAAGGCCGGGUCUGGCCAGUGGGCCUCUCUGGUGCGUCUGGUCAACCCCAUCCAGGGAACCACUCUGGACCUGGUCCAACUGGAGCAGAAUGAGGCUGCCUUCAGGUGAGGACAGAGGAGAGGAUAAGGAUGGAUGGAAUAGAGCUCGCCAGCUUGUAGUCCUAAAAACCGGAAAUGAGUUACUUCUGGUUCUUUCAGCCAUUCCUAUAGGGGAAAUUAAUGGGGAAAGAAUGUGGUUUUGUGAUAAACGCCCAAAAUAACGUCAGAUCAUACGUUUUGUUCUAUGAGAUAAUAUUAUGGCCCUAUAAAAUCUGCGUUGCUGAAAAAGCGGACGGAAUCACAGAAUCCUGACAAAACGGAAUUCAACAAUAUUCAAAAAUGUAUUGAAGUUAAUAGAAAAUCAACUUAAUGUAUUGAACUUAUGAGAACAUUUAUUAACUUGCCCAAGUUAAACAUAAGACAUGAACAAAAUGCAUCAUGAACUACGUUUCCAUCCAUAGUUUUUAUGAGUAAAGUCAUAUCGUAUAUACCAUUUGUUUUUUACAACAUCUGUGAUGGAAACAGGACGUUUCAGAGUAAUUUUAUAAAUGCAGACAUAUCAUUUGUUUGUUUGAGAUGGUGGGAUCUUUUCUGUGUUGAUCAAAUUCAUUAUGCGGGAAAUGGCUGUGGAAAGGCCUUUAUGCGCAAAUAUUGAUAUAAUAAUCAUCAUAUCGAAGUACAUUUGGAGUCACACGAUGAUAUGUUGUGUGGUCCUCCCACUUCCACUCGGGAAAUCAUGCAGUUUAUUAGGCUACAAAUGAAAAGUUAUGAUGAACUUCACAGGGUGGUGAAAGUGCACAGUGAUGAGCUUGAUGCUCCUUUCCCAAAAAAGAUUGAGGGUCUUAUUCUGGUGACAUGAUGAUCGAUGCUUGACUUUCGUUUGACAAAUAACAAUAUUCUGGCUCCUAUCCACGGUAAUCUACUUAAUAACCUCGUCAUGUAGACUAGACAACCCGCACAACCUACCUGCAUUGUAUCUGCCAGCUGUUGGCUAGAGCACAGGUGCCAAGACCAGAGUAUGCACAUUUUCUAUUUAACUGACAAAAAUGCGAUGGAAACGCAAUUGAACUUUAGAUUUUUAUUCAGUACUUGAAAACUUAAGAGAAAAAUGAGAUUUUGUGGGGACUACAUCAUCACACACUGAUUUUUAUCCACAACAAGUCCAGUUGGUGGAAAUGUAGAUUCAAUUGGAUGGAACCUUCUUCUGAAGCAGCACAGGAAUGCCCGUCUGUGUGUUGUGCAUAUAUGUCUAGUCUACACUUUGUGUAGCCAUUGGUGAUAAUGCUAAUGAUAACCAUCUGCUGGUAGAUGGAAAGGCUUUCCCAAAAACCUUCUCAAUUAAAUGUUAACUCAGCAAAAAAAGAAACGUCCUCUCGCUGUCAACUGCGUUUAUUUUCAGCAAACUUAACAUGUGUAAAUAUUUGUAACAACAUUCAAUAACUGAGACAUAAACUGAACAAGUUCCACAGACAUGUGACUAACAGAAAUGGAAUAAUGUGUCCCUGAACAAAGGGGAGGUCAAAAUCAAAAGUAACAGUCAGUAUCUGGUGUGGCCACCAGCUAUAUUAAGUACUACAGUGGAUCUCCUCUUCAUGGGCUGCACCAGAUUUGCCAGUUCUUGCUGUGAGAUGUUACCCCACUCUUCCACCAAGGCACCUGCAAGUUCCCAGACAUUUCUGGGGGGAAUGGCCCUAGCCCUCACCCUCCGAUGCAACGGGUCCCAGAUGUGCUCAAAUGGAUUGAGAUCUGGGCUCUUCACUAGCCAUGGCAGAACACUGACAUUCCUGUCUUGCAGGAAAUCACGCACAGAACGAGCAGUAUGGCUGGUGGCAUUGUCAUGCUGGAGGGUCAUGUCAGGAUGAGCCUGCAGGAAGGGUACCACAUGAGGGAGGAGGAUGUCUUCCCUGUAAUGCACAGCGUUGAGAUUGCCUGCAAUGACAACAAGCUCAGUCUGAUGAUGCUGUGACACACUGCCCCAGACCAUGACACCACCUCCAAAUCCAUCCCGCUCCAGAGUACAGGCCUCGGUGUAACGCUCAUUCCUUCGACGAUAAACGCAAAUCCGACCAUCACCCCUGGUUAGACAAAACCGUGACUCGUCAGUGAAGAGCACUUUUUGCCAGUCCUGUCUGGUCCAGCGACGGUGGGUUUGUGCCCAUAGGCGACGUUGUUGCCGGUGAUGUUGCCCUCAGUCCAGCCUCUCUCAGCCUAUUGCGGACAGUCUGAGCACUGAUGGAGGGAUUGUGCGUUCCUGGUGUAAUUCAGGUGUGAUUUUCGGAUGUACCGAUCCUGUGCAGGUGUUGUUACACGUGGUCUGCCACUGCGAGGACGAUCAGCUGUCCAUCUCCCUGUAGCGCUGUCUUAGGCGUCUCACAGUACGGACAUUGCAAUUUAUUGCCCUGGCCACAUCUGCAGUCCUCAUGCCUCCUUGCAGCAUGCCUAAGGCACGUUCACGCAGAUGAGCAGGGACCCUGGGCAUCUUUCUUUUGGUGUUUUUCAGAGUCAGUAGAAAGGCCUCUUUUAGUGUCCUAAGUUUUCAUAACUGUGACCUUAAUUGCCUACCGUCUGUAAGCUGUUAGUGUCUUAACGACCGUUCCACAGGUGCAUGUUAAUUGUUUAUGGUUCAUUGAACAAGCAUGGGGAAACAGUAUUUAAACCCUUUACAAUGAAGAUCUGUGAAGUUAUUUGGAUUUUUACAAAUUAUCUUUGAAAGACAGGGUCCUGAAAAAGGGACGUUUCUUUUUUUGCUGAGUUUACAAAUUAGCGUAUGCCUACCUGACAGAAUAUGAGUAUUUGCAUCAAUCAAUUGGCAUUUUUUUGUGCAAUCUCUGCAAUCACAAGGUUUCUGGCUGGUGCACACUUGCAUUAAAGGGUAACUGCACCCACAUUUCUGAAUUUCUUAGAUUUUUCCCAGACCUCAAAAGUGGUCUCCUGAUGUGAUUUAAGCAUUGUUGUGGACUUAGAACAUCCAAUUUAGUUGUUUUUCUAUUAAACAGGUAUGAUUUUGAGAGCAAAAACCUGGAAAAACCAAAGAUAAAUAUCUGUUAAAUUUCAACUGAUUUUAUAAGGCCUUAUAAUAUCAGUCAGUUAACCUGACCUUUAUGAAUUAUGAAGCCUUUAUGUGCUUGUUUUGAUUACAUAAAUGCUUCAAAAUUCACAAGUGAUGUUGGCUGAUGAAGAUUAUCUCAUAGAACAAAAUGUAUAAGAUCUCUUAAGCCUGUGUUUAACACAGACCUUACUUUCUGCGUUUAUCCCCAAAAAAACAUUCAAUUUCCCAUAUGCUUUGGCCAUCGAGCCAUGGCGGAGUUAGCCUGCGUUAGUGCCUACAAAAAUGUUAUUGCUCUCUAUAAGGCUACUAGGAGGAUGUUGUUGUUAUUAUUGGCUUUGCUGGUUUUCCUGUUAAGAUUUUCUCUGUGUAAUUGCAUAAGAGCUGGUCAUCCUGUCAUUUAGGGCAAGGUUUGAGGAGAGGGAUGUUGUGCUGUUGAAGUGAUGAGUCUCCAUGUCUCUUCUCUGACUGACUUAAUAAUAAUGGAGAGCGCUUUAAACACCUCUGGUUUUAGCAUUUAACACAGUUCACACACAAAAUGUAGAGAUUGACAUGGGGAAUAAUACUUUGUUACACAUGCUAAUACCCCUCUCCCUCUCUCUCCUACUUUCCCUUUGUGGUCUGUCCCUGCAGUGUGACUGUUUGUCGGUUUGCCAGCGGAGGUGAUGACUGGUAUGUGCUGGUGGGGGUGGCCCGGGACAUGAUCCUUAACCCCCGCUCUGUGGGAGGCGGUUUUCAUCUACACCUAUCGGCUGGGAGGGGGAGGGGACAAACUGGAGUUUAUGCACAAGGUGAGUGAGUGACAGAGGAUAUGACUAAUCCAGUGGUUUCUGGGUCUUGUUGACCACAGCUGUGUGCACAGGAAUUCCCAGACUGUUAUUUCUGAAUGGUCAUAAUUGCCCUUUGAGAGUCAGAGUACUCUCAUUCUUGCUUCCACCCCCUCCCCUUUACCCAACUCCCUGAGGGACGCAGUCUGACUGACAGAACUUUGUCUUUCCAGUCUCAGCGGGUCUUGUCUGUAAUUUAGACUUUACAUUUUUUUAUUUAACCUUUAUUUAACCAGGCAAGUCAAUUAAGAACAAGUUCUUAUUUAAAAAGGUGUUAUUUUGAGAGCAAAAACCUGAAAACAAUGGGGGGAAACGGAAACCUGGAAAAACAAAACCGAGAAAAGGGAAUUUGGGGGAAAAACUGAAAAUGGAAUCAGGCAAAAAAUAAAACCAGAUUUUAUAGGGCCCUAUAAUAUGUCAGUUAACAUUACAUUUUUGAAUUAUGAAGCCUUUAUGUCACGUGUCAAACACAAGGCCCAUGACACAUUUCUGUCCGGCCCUCGCAAUGAUUUGAGUUGUCAAAUAAUUUUGUCCCGCUUCCAUAGCCUGCCAGAACAGCUUCAAUGCGUCUUGGCAUAGAUUCUACAAGUGGAGCUAAACAAUGCCAGGAAAAUGCACCCCACACCAUAACAUAUACUUUGUAUCCCUCAUUUACUCAAGUGUUUCCUUUGUUUUGGCAGUUACCGGUAUGCCUAGAUUCGGGUAGGCCGCAGUUUGGGCAGCAUGCGAGCCAAAUAUACAGCUUGUUGCCUUGUGGCCAUAGACAUAUAAUCCAUAGAAGGGUUUUGUAACCUCUUACCCUUGCAAUUUGACUGUUAAACUGAUGGAUACACUAACAAUGGAUGCCAGUCCUGACUUGAAUGGGAACUGCCAUCUAUGCAUUAUAUUUCUAUGGUUGGUUGUGGCUGUCGGUUUGCCUUGUGCAGAUUAAAAAUACAAUCGUGGGAAAAACGUACAUUUUGGAAAGCAAAUGCCUACUGCUGAAAAGAGAAGACUAAUCUCUCUGUAGAACCAAUAGAAACAAUGUUUAGCUAACAGCAGCACCGUUUUUCGAAGUAGCUCAUCAUGAGAUAGGCUUUUGCCACGACGAGCGCUUCGGCCAUCACCGUGCGUAGCCUAUGGCUUCAUCUUCAUCAUUAGGUGUCAUCGUCAUCAUUAGGUGAGUGUGUGCCACUGGAAAUUAUAUUUAGUAGCCUACUGUAGCCUAUGAUAUAUACUGUAUAUAUAUUUCCUCCUAAUAUUGUACAAUUUGUGUGUCGCUUCAUUGGCCUGGGCUAUUGUUUGUUUGAAUUCAAGACCAGCUUGGUCGCUGUUUGUCAGUCAGAGUAGCCACUCGUUUGUCAUUUGUGUGGUAUUAAAAAAGAUUCAGCUAUUGUCUUCUGUCAUGGAAAUGACGUAGAAUUACAUGAAAUGCGUUUUUAAAAGGUAGGUUUUUUUUCAGACCCUGUGAAGUUAUGUUACCCAUGUGUGGAAAUCCCCAAAAAUUCUCAGCUCAACUGUAGCCUAUGCCACACGGCAAACGUUAUGGCUUUAUUAUGAAGAGGCCUUUUCUUCUAAAGUAAAUUUACCAUGCAUCGAAAUGCAUCUUGUUGCACGGAUUUGUUUACGAGGAGGGGAGGGGGGGGCUAUAACAAAACAAUAAAAUAAAAAGGCCCAGGGCCUAUGAUUUCUUAAUCCGGCCCUGCAUACAGCCCAGGAUGCGCUGCACUACAAGUCACAGCAUGCACUGCCAACAGACCCACCCCUCCUCCCAGACCCACACAUGAGCCAGCCAGUGCACUGUAUCAUAUCAUCAUCACUAAUGGCACUGACCGAAUCUUCUACCGGAACGAAAGUUUAAACAUGAUGUAGGCUAAAUGUCCAUGCCAAGUUUCCGUUCCAAAGGGUCAUUGCUGUGGCCUACACAAAAUGUCAUCUUGGUUGUCAAAAAGUUAUAAGAUAAAGGAUUCACAUGCAGGUAUAAAUGACUACUAAAGGACAAUAGUACACACAAUAGUAUAAAUGAGUCAACAGUUGAGUCGUCUACUUUAUGAAAUUACAGCCUGAUGUGCUCGCAUCGGUAAAAAAAAAAAAAAAAAAGAUUUCAAUCUUCAAUUGUGCUGCUGUCGUGUGUCUCAUUUACCGCAAGAAGCGGAGGGAAAGUGUAGACACAUACCACAGUCCUUGCUAGGCUACUAAAAUGUUGCAGUCUGGCUUCUGUUUUUAAAGGUUGACAAUGAAUUACCAAAAAACUAAACCUGCAGCAAAACACCAUGCAAAGGAGAACCAAGUAGGCCUAUUACAGCAACAUUUGAGCAAUAGCCUAGGCUGGCUACUCAACUACAAGACAUUUUAAGUGCACCAUACAGCAAUGCUGCAUUCAACUGCACCGGUGAUCCAUGCAGAGCAAAAAAAUAAGUUUGUUACAACAACCUAGCUACAUUUUUGUUAUUUGGAGUUAAAUACUUUUUUUGCAGCAUAUUAUUUGCAAGCAUCGCAGCAAAGGCUGGACAAAUAUUAUUUAUCAAUUUUGUUUUAAUAUGUUAAAUGCUAUCUACAGCAUCUUAUGUACAUAAGUGGACAUUAUAAAGGGCCAUAUUUUUUAUAAUAAAACAUUAGCCAGUUUGGGUCGUAGUUGUAUGCAAGUUAUUUUGUAAAAACAAACAUAAUAGGCUAUGUCUGGCCAGUGACUUCAUUGUUUUUUUAAUAUGGCCCUUGCGCUGAUUGAGUUUGACGCAAGAGGCAAAAGGCCUCCUGUGGCCAAAUAAAAAUACAAAGACAGAACUGAUAACACAGACCGAAGACACUGGCAACAGCACAAAUACAACAGCAAACAAACAGUAGGAUGUGUGUGUGCAGGCAUGCGUGUGGUGUGUGUGAAGUUAAACAACAUGCUUCCUUACAUAAGGCAACCCAAACUAGUGACAACUACAAACAACUACAUGUCUCAACAACCUGUUCAUCUAUUUGUCCUUUGAACUCCUCCAGUGGACACCAGGUCCUGGUGUUUUAGGUUGGCUUGGAGGGAAUUCCAAGACCAGAGGGCUGAGUAAUGAAAGGGCCUUUGUCCAUGGUCAGUUCAAAACAAAAGGCUGCGUGAUACAGAGUUAAGAGCCUUCAGUGUAGAGCCUUGAGGCUUGCACAUAAAUAGUAUCACCAUAGACCAACACAGAGAGAGAAGUAUGAAGAUGUAUGCACUAACUAAGUUGCUCUGGAUAAGAGCGUCUGCUAAAUGACUAAAAUGUAAAAGUACAAUGAAUCAUCUAUUUUCUGGCGGCAAGGGAAAAACAAGCUUUUUGCAGGUAAUAAAACCCAAUACGCAGCUUGAGUUUCCUGACAAGGUUCUCCCAAUGGGUGGUGAAGCUCAACUUCUCAUCCACCCAAACUCCCAGAAAUGUAUGUUUUGACUUGCUCUACAGAAUGUCCUUUCAAGGUAGUAUGUUAAUGACCUUCAAGAUCAGUUGUUUUUUAUAUGGUAAAGGAAUGUUGUUUUGACAGACUCCAGUGGAGGACGUUCCUCUGGCAAUUGCUCCGUUCCAGGGCCGUGUGCUGGUGGGCGUUGGUAAACUUCUGCGCAUCUAUGACCUGGGCAAGAAGAAGCUGCUCCGCAAGUGUGAGAACAAGGUGAGACAGGGAGCCUGACGUCUCACACACACAGGAAAAACACAAACACACAAGGAUGUAUAAAAAACUAUUGACUCUACUGUGUAAACACCUGACCAGUUGGCAGUGUGGUAAGUGGCUGGUUAGGAAGGCAAGGGGUCAGAUUGAUGCUCCUGCAGCUGUCUUUUGUAUUUGCACCCCUUGACUAUUUCUGCAUUUUUUUAUUAUUUUAAUUAUCAUUUUUUGUCAACGAUCUACACAAAAUACUCUGUCAAAUGUGCUCUCAAUUCACUGGUAUUUAGCUAUGUUUUUUAUCGAUUGUAGGGCUGUAGCCACAGAAUUCUGGUAGUUUUCAACCAUCAAUCACAACAUUUGCAGCUGGCACAAUACAGCCAAUGCCGGGCAUGCUGCCUCUCGCCACAGUUGCUUCAGUGAAAAUUCAAUGUAGCCGAAAGAAAAAUGUUUUACCUUUUUAUAUUUCAGUUGAAUGUUCUUAGCACGGCACUUCCUUUACAUUUGCACUCAUAUCGUGUACAGUUCAUAACUUACAGUAUUAGGAUUUUUUGACAUAGGUAACUGCCUUAUUCAUGUUUUUAAAUGCUUUAUUAUGACAUAUUAUUGACAUGUAGUGAAAAAUGAUUUGUUUACUGCUGCUUUUUGUAUUAUGCUUGCAGUGUCCAUUUAUGAUGGUAUUUGAUGAUUCUGAAUAAUAAUAGUUCUAAAUAUGCUUUAUGAGCAGUGCAAAUUAAUUGUAAGUGGUUUUAAUGGGCUUUCUCCAUUCUGAUUGCUUUAUUCUGUUCAACCAAACUUCACUGUCAGUUUUGUCCAAUUAUUUUUGGUUGAAGUAGUCUUAUUUGUAGAACAUUGCAUAUAAAUCGUCUUUUGUAGCCACAAACUCAACCAGUGGUUACCGUUUGCAUAGUUAUUUAAUUCCAGCAUUAACUUCCAGAAAUGUAAUCAAUUCAUUUCCUGCACUAAUUUAUCAUGUACACACUGUCACAUUUAUUUUGUCUUAGUAUGCCUCUUAUUUAUUUAUCAGAAUAAUUAUUCUCCUCUUUGACCUCUAUUAAAUUGCAGUUUUUACUUUCGCCACGAGACAGCAGUGUGAUGUUUUCCAGGGGUCUCUACUCCCGAAGUUGUUGACUUGUGCUUGCAAGUUCGCUAGUUGUUCUCAGCUGUUAGCAGUUUCUUACUGCUGAUAAAACUGAUGAUUGCUAUAUAUUUUGUCAUUAGCGAAUUAUUUAAUGUAACAAAUCAAACUUUAAAAUACCAUUAGAGAAGGUACAGUUAAAAUCCACACCAUUGUGUGGAUAAAUACCGGUGUGUAUAGUAAAAUACAAUAUACCACCCAGCCUAGUUUGACUAACCUAAAAUACUCACUUCAGGUUAAGGUCUCAAAGGAAUUAAGUUAACCACUGUUAGAAUUAUUAGCGAUCUAAGUGCAGUAAUCAAGUUGGGGAGAAGAUUGAUUUGUAAGAAUCUCCUUCUAAAAGCAAAGAUAAAAGGCCACAGCAUCAUCCAUCCAUCAUUCAUUGUACCAAAGGACAAUUUACCACUGUCCACCGUUUGUUUAGGUUCCAGACCUUUCAAAUAAAAUCCAUAUGGCAGUCCAUUGAGGACAGAGGUGUUCAGUUGAUGUCAUCCGUCUCGUUUGCAGCAUGUGCCCAACCUGGUGACUGGUAUCCACACCAUCGGUCAGCGGGUCAUAGUGACUGACGUACAGGAGAGUCUGUUCUGGGUGCGCUACAAGCGCAACGAGAAUCAGCUGAUCAUCUUCGCUGACGACACCCACCCUCGAUGGGUCACCACCGCCUGCCUGCUGGACUACGACACAAUGGCUUCAGCCGACAAGUUUGGCAACAUUAGCAUUGUACGUGUACACUCUUUAUUGUUCCUUUCUGACAAAGGUGUUGGGUAUUAUAUCGGAUACUACCUUUUCUCUAAAAGGAAGUGUUUGCCAGACGACUCAUUAACAGUUUUAUCCAAUUUAUGAUAUUUCAAUGAUGCCGCAAACAUUUUUGAAGUCUUUUACACUUACAUUUUGUACCCCCUCAGGUGCGCCUUCCCCCUAACACCAGCGACGAUGUGGAUGAGGACCCAACUGGGAACAAAGCGUUGUGGGAUAGAGGUCUGCUGAACGGAGCUUCUCAGAAGGUACAGGCUUUCUGCUCCUCUGUCACAGCAUCACAGCUCUAGAGAGACAGGAUCAUGGGAGAACUGUUGUCUGUCUGUCUCGCUCUCUGGAUCACUGUUUGUGUCUUGGUGGAGUUGUGGUUUGCCUCAUCCCAGACCUGCUCUCCAAUCCUUGGAAGCUCUCCAGGCCAAUUUGCUGUUUUCCAUUUGGCUGUUUAUUGGAAGCUUUUAAGAGCUAGAAGAUGUUUAGGUAGUCAGUGGGAAAUUCCCUACACUUGGACUUAUUGUGGGCAAUUGGUAAAAAGGGUGCAUAUAAGCAAUGUUUUCUGGUUGUGUCAUGAGUGAGAAUUGUUCUGUAAACCCCUGUCUGUGCCUGACCCUUUUCCAUGUCUGUUCCCCUGUGUCAGGCUGAAGUGAUUAUGAACUACCACAUUGGGGAGACGGUGCUGUCACUGCAGAAGACCACACUGAUUCCCGGAGGCUCGGAGUCUCUGGUCUACACAACUCUGUCUGGAGGUAUCGGCAUCCUGGUGCCCUUCACCUCCCACGAGGUACCUCACACACCACACACUCACACACAUACAGUGCGCUCAGAAAGUAUUCAUACUGCUUGACUUAUUCCACAUUUUGUUGUUACAGCCUGAAUUCAAAAUGGAUUAAAUAUUUAAAGUGAAAACGUGUUUUGAGAAAGUUUUGCACAUUUAUUAUUAAUGAAAUACAGAAAUAUGUAAAUUACAGUCCUGUGUAGCUCAGUUGGUAGAGCAUGGCGCUUGCAACGCCAGGGUUGUGGGUUCGAUUCCCACGGUGGGCCAGUAUGAAAAUGUAUGCACUCACUAACUGUAAGUCACUCUGGAUAAGAGCGUCUGCUAAAUUACUAACAUGUAAAUCUAUUCACACCACUUUGCCAUGACACUCCAUAUUGAGCUCAUGUGCAUCCAGUUUCCUUUGAUCGUCACUACAACUUGAUUGGAGUCCACCUGUGGCCAAUUCAAUUGUUUGGACAGGAUUUUGAAAGAAACAUACCUGUCAAUAUAAGGUCCCACAGUUGACAGUGCAUGUCAGAGCAGAAACUAUACCAUGAAGUUAAAGGAACUGUCCGUAGAUCACCUAGAUAUAUAUGACUCAUCACAAUUCUCUGGGGAGGGGUAUAAAACAAUUUCUAGAGUGUUGGAAGGUUUCCAAGAGCACAGUCGUCUCCAUUGGGAAAUAGAAAAAAUAUGGAACUACCCAAACUCUGCCUACAGCCGGCCGUCCGACAAAAUUGAGCAACCGGGCAAAAAGGACCUUGGUCAGGGAGAUGACCAAGAAAUGACCACUCUGAUAGAACUACAGAGUUCCUUGGCUGAGAUAGGAAAACCUGCCAGAAGGACAGUCUCUAUAGCACUUCACCAAUCUGUGCUUUAUGGGAGUGGCCAGACGGAAGCCACUCCUGAUAAAAAGGCACGUGACAGCACACUUGGAGUUUGCAAAAAGGCACAUGAAAGACAGAGCAUAAGGGUAAAGAUUCUGUGGUCUGAGACGACAAACAUUUUACUCUUUGGCCUGAAUGCAAAGCGUUAUGUCUGGAGAAAACCAGGCACAGAUAAUCACCUGUCUAACACCAUCCCUACUGUGGGGCAUGCUGGUGGCAGCAUUUUUUUUAUUUUGUCAUUUUAGCAGACGCUCUUAUCCAGAGCGACUUACAGGAGCAAUUAGGGUUAAGUGCCUUGCUCAAGGGCACAUCUACAGAUUUUUCACCUAGUCGGCUCGGGGAUUAGAACCAGCGACCUUUCGGUUACUGGCACAACGCUCUUAACCACUAAGCUACCUGCCGCCCAUCAUGCAAUGGGGAUGCUUUUCAGCGUCAGGGACUGGGAGACUGGUAAGGAUAGAGGGAGGUAAGGAUAGAGGGAACAAUGAAUGGAGCCAAAUACAGGCAAAUCCUUGAUCAGAACCUGCUUCAGAGUUCAAACUAACUUAGACUGGGGCCAAUAUUUACAUUCCAACAGGACAAUGACCCCAAGCAUACAGCCAAAGCAAUGCUGGAAUGGCUUCAGAACAAGAAUGUGAAAGUCCUUGAGUGGCCAAAGCCCAGACUUGAAUCUCAUUUGAUUUUCUGUGAAAAAACUUGGCAUUCCACAUGAGAAAGGAUGCAGACUCCUCAUGUAACCUAAUACCGGCAACUUCAGGAGAGUAAAGCCAAUAGGAGCGGCAGGAGGAUGGUCAGGUUACGUUUUUUUCUUCUGGUUAUCUUGAUCUCUGGCUCCCUCGAGUCAUUUGUGUCUUAUUUCAUCAAACAGUGCGCUUAAAGCAUCCGACAAGCUCAAUGCAUAUAUAGUUCAUUUUAUUAAAACACAUAAGGUGUGUCUACAGUGCAUUCGGAAAGUAUUCAGACCCCUUGACUUUUUCCACAUUUUGUUACGUUACAGCCUUAUUCUAAAAUGGAUUGCAUCACAUUUACAUUUUAGUCAUUUAGCAGACGCUCUUAUCCAGAGCGACUUACAAGUGCCUUGCUCACGGGCACAUCGACAGAUUUUUCACCUAGUCGGCUCGGGGAUUAUAACCAGCGACCUUUCGGUUACUGGCACAACGCUCUUAACCACUAAGCUACCUGCCACCCAUUAAUUGUUUUCUUCAUCAAUCUACACACACUACCCCAUAAUGACAAAGCGAAACAGGUUUUUAGAAAUGUUUGCAAAUAUUACCUUUUUUUUUACAGAAGUAUUCAGACCCUUUGCUAUGAGACUCGAAAUUGAGCUCAGGUGCAUCCUGUUUCCAUUGAUCAUCCUUGAUGUUUCUACAACUUGAUUGGAGUCCACCUGUGUUACAUUCAAUUGAUUGGAAAGGCGCACACACCUGUCUAUGUGACCGACCGCCUCGAUUCGAUCUAAUGUAGCAAAUUUUGAAAUUGUGUUUUUUACAUUGGAUAAAAGUAGAGGCUCAGAGCUAGAAAAUGGUAUAUCAUAGACUGCAGUUGAAGAACAAUGGGAAAAUAAUUAUGCUUUGAAAGUUGAUAAACUUGUAACCCCACUUUUGAGAAAAUGGUCCUUGAAUGUUUUGGUACACCUACUGGAGAGCUCUUCUUUGUCAACACCCAUUCGGCAUCGUUCACACCCUCUUAAGCCUUAGCCCCACCCAUCUCUUUAAGGAUUCACAUGUGAGGCCAUUUGCUAAACAGAGUGAUUAGUUUAGUAAACAACCAAAUAUUUCAAGACAAAGUGGUGAAAGUAGUAGCCUACAAUAAGGAAAAACUCCAGAUAAAAAUACACUAUCUAGUAAUUGGCCAAUAUCCUAAUCUGACUUUGGUGCAUGUCAUGUUCUUCACAUUACCAUCUCUGGUAAACCCACACUAGCAAAUCAAAUAAAAAGUUGAUGUUGCCACAUGCACUGGAUACAAACAGUACAGUGAAAUGGUUACUUGCAUAGUAGUAAUAUCAAAAACAAAGUGUCUAGAUACAAAUAUUUUAUAAUUAUUACAUGACGCUUACCUGACAUGCUUGUCUAAAUUGAUGGGUAAUGUGAAGGAAAUGCUAUAACCAACCAACAUCUAGCUAAAUGGAUGGGUCACUAUUGUCUAGACAUGCACACAUGUUCAUUAAAUACAAACGAUGGCCGUAAUCACCCCCAGACACACCUGGCUAACUUGAUGGGUCAUGUAAUCAUCUGGUAAAGAGUUUUGUUUAGAGAUGUAUUUUGUUUAGACAUGUAGCUAGCUUGCUAAACAAUGAACUGGCAUAAUCCCAACUCCUACUACUACCAACCAAUACAAACAUUGUCAUAGCUGUAGUAUGAAUCUGCAGGUAGCUAAAGCUAACCAACCAGGUUCAAUGUUAGCUAGCUAACAUUAGGCUAUAACUAAGAAUGCAAAUGGUUUUCUGAAUUGAAUAAUAUUACUACACAGAUCAUACCCGUAACGCUAGCUAGCGAGCCAGCAAGCUAACGUUCGCUAGCUAGUUAACAGUACGCUUUAACUUGCAAUGAAAAUGACUUCCUGUCAAAAUUAGAAACGUAUAAUAUCUGAAAAUUUAGCUAGACUCUUACCCUUAUACAUGGAUGAACACUUCACGGCAGACUGGAACCAUUUAACUCAGUUUUGUUUGUAGCUACAUAUUGUUUGGCAAGCGUUGUCAAGUCACUCUGGUUCACACUGACCGUGGAGUGUGCAGAAAGUAGCAAAUCACUUUAUCCAACUGAUCUGUUGAUUAGCGCCUGCUAAAUUCAGGGCAUCAAUGUUGUUAAGAAAAGUUGCAAAACUUUUGUAGUUCUCAGUGGCUAAUGUUAUAUAUUUCAAAAACGAGGUUGAAAGGACUAUCAACACAUACUGAGCAGCUCACGUUAUAAACAGAAGCAUGCAGACCAAUCCAAACUCAUCUCCCGGCAUGUCCAGCCCAUCCAUUAUCUCAGCCAAUCAUGACUAGCGGGAAGGUUCCUAUAUUUUUCCAUGGCUAAACCAACUAGGCUCGUAAUUUAACAAUUUUAUUUGUAUUUAUGGAUGUAAUACAAGCUUGAUAUUAAGGCACAUGAAAGUUCACAUGUUCCAGAAGGCAUUUCUGCCAAAAAAUACAUACAUACAAAAAUGUUUGAUAAAAAAUGUUUACAUUCAAAUACCUCUAAUGUGAAGUAGUGAUGUGCAAGAUAUGCCUAGUUUCCUGAAACUAGUCACAUAUAAGGUCCCACAGUUUACAUUGCAUGUCGGAGCAAGAACCAAGCCAUGAGGUCGAAGGAAUUGUCCGUAGAGCUCCGAGACAGGAUUUUGUCGAGGCACAGAUCUGGGGAAGGGUACCAAAAAAUGUCUGCAGCAUUGAAGGUCCCGAAGAACACAGUGGCCUCCAUCAUUCAUAAAUGGAAGAAGUUUGGAACCACCAAGACUCUUCCUAGAGCUGGACGCCCGGCCAAACUGCGCAAUCGGGGGAGAAGGGCCUUGGUCAGGGAGGGGACCAAGAACCCGAUGGUCACUCUGACAGAGCUCCAGAGUUCCUCUGUGGAGAUGGGAGAACCUUCCAAAAGGACAACCAUCUUUGCAGCACUCCACCAAUCAGGCCUUUAUGGUAGUGGCCAGAAGGAAGCCACUCCUCAGUGAAAAGCACAUGACAGCCCACUUGGAGUUUGCCAAAAGGCACCUAAAGGACUCUGACCAUGAGAAACAAGAUUCUCUGGUCUGAUGAAACCAAGAUUUGAACUCUUUGGCCUGAAUGCCAAGUGUCACGUCUGGAGGAAACCUGGCACCAUCCCUACGGUGAAGCAUGGUAGUGGCAGCAUCAUCCUGUGGGGAUGUUUUUCAGCAACGGACUUGGAGACUAGUCAGGAUCGAGGGAAAGCUGAACGGUGCCAAGUACAGAGAGAUCCUUGAUGAAAACCUGCUCCAGAGUGCUCAGGACCUCAGACUGGGGCGAAGGUUCACCUUCCAACAGGACAACGACCCUAACCACACAGCCAAGACAACGCAGGAGUGGCUUCAGGCUACGUCUCUGAAUGUCCUUGAGUGGCCCAGACAGAGCCCGGACUUGAACCCGAUCAAACAUCUCUGGAGAGACCUGAAAAUAGCUGUGCAGCGAUGCUUCCCAUCCAACCUGACAGAGCUUGAGAGGAUCUGCAGAGAAGAAUGGGAGAAACUCCCCAAAUACAGGUGUGCCAAGCUUGUAGCGUCAUACCAAAGAAGACUCGAGGCUGUAAUUGCUGCCAAAGGUGCUUCAACAAAGUACUGAGUAAAGGGUCUGAACACUUAUGUAAAUGUGAUAUUUCAGUUUUUUUAUUUUUAAUAAAUGUGCAAAUAUUUCUAGAAAUCCUGUUUUUGCUUUGUCAUUAUGGGGUAUUGUGUGUAGAUUGAUGGGGGGGGAAAACAAUUUAAUCCAUUUUAGAAUAAGUAUGUAACGUAACAAUGUGGAAAAAGUCAAGGGGUCUGAAUACUUUCUGAAUAUAUGGAAAAAUACACCUUUUACAAUUUCAACUAAUCGAUUGUUCGAAAGAACAGACGACUUUAGCCCGACAAUUAUAAUUUUUUGUCAGGACAGGCCUAAUUGAUGGCGAAAAUUAAUUGAUGGUGUGCCUCUCUGUCCUCAGGAUCAUGACUUCUUCCAGCACUUAGAGAUGCACAUGCGCUCAGAGUUCCCCCCUCUGUGUGGCAGGGACCACCUCAGCUUCCGAUCCUACUACUUCCCUGUAAAGGUGGGUACUACCUGAAUAGGUUGCAUUACUAUUCCCGUAGGAUGGUGGGGCAAAGAAAGCCACACUUUAUACUCCCAGCGAUGUAGAGGGAAUGUGUCCAGAGGACACCAAUAUAUGUUUACAAAUGGAAUCUGAUACCAAAUAUUCUGGGUGAAAAGUUAUGCCAGGAACCUACUAUUGCGUGUGGUCUCUUCAAGUCCAGUACAUUUGGCUGGAUCAGUUUUUGUAUUGUAUUGUAUUUAUUAUGGAUCCCCAUUAGCUGCUGCAGCUACUCUUCCUGGGGUGCAGCAAAAUUAAGGCAGUGUUACAUUUUUAAAACAUUACAAUACAUUCAUAACAGAUUUCACAACAUUAAGUGUAUGCCCUCAGGCCCCUACUCUACUACCACAUAUCUAUAACGUGUGUGAAUAUGUUUGUGUUGCUUCACAGUCCCCGCUGUUCCAUAAGGUGUAUUUUUAUCUGGGUUUUUUUCAAUCUAAUUGUACUGCUUGCAUGAGUUACUUGAUGUGGAAUAGAGUUCCAUGUAGUCAUGGCUCUAUUUAGUACUGUGCGCCGUCCAUAGUCUGUUCUGGAUUUAGGGACUGUGAAGAGACCUCAGUAGACAUGCUGUGAAUUAUUAACAGAUUGCAUGCGGUCUCUGUUGAACAUGAAUGCGGAAAUCAGAAGCCUUGUUCUUUGGCCAUCCAGACAGUCUUACCUAGUGUGUCUGACCCUCUCUCCUGUCUGUGUGUGUGUGUGCAGAAUGUGAUAGAUGGAGAUCUGUGUGAGCAGUUCAACUCCAUGGACCCCCACAAGCAGAAGAGUGUUGCUGAGGAGCUGGACCGUACCCCCCCUGAGGUCUCAAAAAAACUGGAGGACAUCCGCACACGCUAUGCUUUCUAG